AUGGCUGACUUUUUUACUUGUAUAGAGUUUGCAAAAACGCAUCUUAAUUUCAAGCACGAGUUGAAGGAAAAACAGGUACAGACGCUCCAGAAUCUCUAUGAGGGACGUGAUGUUAUAAGUGUGCUUCCUACUGGUUACGGAAAAAGUAUUAUUUUUCAGUUAUUGCCAUGGUUGUUCCAGCGAAAAUAUGACUCCUCUACACCAUGCAUAGUAUUAGUCAUUUGCCCCUUAAACAGUAUCAUGGAGGACCAAGUGAUGGGGUUAAGGGAAAGGGGGAUAUCAGCGUGUUAUAUCUUUGGAUCCGUUGGCAAGACAUUUAUGACGAAGGCUGGGUUUGACUAUGACAGUUCCGAGGACGAAGACGAAUCAGCAUGGACAAUAAAAGACGUCUCAUUCAAAGACAUAUCCGACGGGAAAUAUAAUAUAAUAUAUGCCCACCCAGAAUCUGCCCUCUGCAAGAAGAUGUACUCUGUCUUCAGAUCAGCCCUAUAUCAAACCAAGAUAUGUUGUGUAGUUAUAGAUGAAGUCCACAUGGUCUCAGAAUGGGGAGAAGAGUUCAGACCAAAGUUUAAGAAGUUAGGAGAUUUGACCUGCCUCUUUGACAACUGUGCACAUCUUGCUGUUACUGCUACAUCUUCCCCAUCUUCUAUUCUUGAUCUCUCAAAGACACUCCAGUACAAAAACCAUGUGAUUGUGACUGUGAAUCCUGACAGACCAAACAUUUAUAUAGACAAAAAACCCCGCCUUCCAAACUCUAACAAGACCGACAAAUACGAUGAACUAAUCGACCCUUUGGCACAGGAACUGAAAAUCAAGCUUCGAGACUUCCCUGUUACUGUUUUGUAUGUAGAAAGUUUAGAUGCACUUGGCUAUUAUUAUCAGUAUCUAAAUUAUACUUUGAAAGAACUUCAGUAUCAUCCAACCUCUGACAAGACACCAGAAGCUAGAAUUUUCGCACAGUACCAUACAGACUAUACACAAAAUAUGAAAAAACACAUCUUACAAGAACUUCGGAAAGACAAUCCACAUGUGCGUCUUGUUCUGGCCACAGUUGCUUUAGGUAUGGGUUUAAAUGCCCCAGGUAUUACUCGGAUAAUUCAUGCUAGGCCUCCAACAACAUUAGAAAAAUACUUACAGGAGAUAGGAAGGGCUGGGAGGACAGGACAAAAAUCUACAGCUAUUUUGCAUUACAACAAAAGUGACAUAGCUAAAAAUAGAAAAGGGCUCUCUCCAGAAAUGGCAAAGUUUUGCAAUGUUAAUGAUGGAUGUUUGCGACUUGAACUUGUCAAAUACUUUGGUUUCCAAACAACAGUGUUUGAUGGCCCACUUGAAGAAUGCUGUUCAAACUGCCGUCAGUCACUAGUGAAUGCUGUUGACAAUGUGCAUCUCUAA